UCAUCAACUGUACUAUAUAUAGAGUUGGGUCACUACUACUUUAUUGUCUUCUUUUUUAUUCAUCAAACUAUACAUAGAGUUGGGAUUUGGGCAAUUUUAGUAGAAAUACUGAAUAUGAUGAGCAGCUUUAGCAUUGCAAUACUUUGUUCAGCACUUUUCUUGGCUUAUUUGGCCUGGAAAACCUUGAGCUGGUUAUGGUUUGAGCCAAAGAAGUUGGAGAAGAGACUCAGACAAGAGGGUUUCAAUGGAAACUCGUACCGGCCGCCAUUCGGGGACUACAAAGAGACUCUCAAGUUGAUUGAAGAAGCCAAUUCCAAGCCUAUCAGUUUCACCAAUGAAAUAUUUCCUAGAGUUUUGCCAUCCCUUCACAAAACUAUCAAGAAUUAUGGCAAGAAUGCUUUUAUCUGGAAGGGGCCAGAACCAGAGGUCUUCAUCAUGGACCCUGAACUUAUAAGGGAGAUAUUCUCCAAACACACUGUGUUUCAGAAGACUCCAAGUAACCCACUGACUAAACUGCUAGCCUAUGGAGUGGUAUCAUUUGAGAAAGAUAAAUGGGCUAAGCACAGAAGACUUCUUAAUCCAGCUUUUCACGCAGAAAAACUGAAGAAUAUGGUACCAGCAUUCUAUUUGAGCUGUUCGGAGAUGCUAAGCAAAUGGGAAAAACUUGUGGGCGCAGAAGGAUCGGAGUUGGAUGUUUGGCCUUAUCUCAGAACACUCACAGCUGAUGGGAUUUCAAGAGCAGCCUUUGGCAGUAACUAUGAUGAAGGAAAAAAGAUAUUUGAACUUCAAGAAGAACAAGGAGUGCUUACUAUUCAAGUAGUACGCUCCUUGAACAUUCCAGGUUUAAGCUUUCUGCCAACCAAAAGGAACAGGAGGAUGAAGCACAUCUUUAACGAAGUGAGAUCAUUAGUACUAGGAAUGAUUGAUAAAAGAAUGAGGGCAAUUGAGGCAGGGGGAUCAAGAAAUGAUGACUUGUUGGGCAUAAUGCUGGAAUCAAACCUCACUGAAAUCCAACAGCAUAGAAGUAAGAGCUACGGAAUGAGUAUAGACGAAAUAGUUGAGGAGUGCAAGCUAUUCUACUUAGCCGGGCUUGAGACAACCUCAACUUUACUGCUCUGGACCAUGAUCUUACUAGGUAAGCAUUUGGACUGGCAAGAACGAGCUAGACAAGAGGUUUUACAAGUCAUUGGCACAACUGAGGAACCAGAUUCCGACAAGCUAAACCAACUCAAAAUUGUAACUAUGAUCCUGAACGAGGUUUUGAGGUUGUAUCCACCGGGAGUUCUAUUCACUCGAGCUAUUGAACAAGACGCCGAACUGGGAAACAUAACCUUACCGGCCGGAAUUCAUAUCCACAUCCCAGUCAUUGUACUGCAUCAUGAUGAAGAAAUGUGGGGCGAAGAUGCAAAGGAGUUCAAGCCAGAGAGGUUCAGCGAAGGGAUUAGCAAAGCAACGAAAGGGAAGUUAUGCUUCUUCCCAUUCGGGUGGGGACCUCGGAUUUGCAUCGGACUGAACUUCGCCAUGUUAGAGGCCAAGAUGACAUUGGCUAUGAUCCUACGGGGCUAUGCUUUCGAGUUGUCCCCGUCUUAUGCGCAUGCUCCUCAAGCUGGAAUGGCUCUCAUACCUCAGUAUGGCGCUCAGUUAAUUCUGAGAAAACUAGAGAACAAUUAGAUUAAGGUUUGUAUGAAUACUAAAUAAAGUUGCUUUUGAAAAUACUGCUUAAGCUUAGCUUAGCUUCUUGAAUCUUGAGUGCGUGUUUUAUCUCAGAGUACUUGUACUAUGCUUACCAGCUUAUGUAUUAUACAUCUGGGACUAUCAUUAUCUUUAAUAUAUUUAAAUAAUUGUAUUUCUUGUGUUCUAAUUAUGUAAUUAAAUAAAUAUCAA